GCGGCACACGCCCCGGACGACCCCGAAGUCUCUCCAUAAGGGUGGAAAUCAGGCGGUGGAACCGGUGCGGACGAAGUCUCGCGAGAGCGGCCCCCUCCAGUUUCCUUCCUCUCUUCCAGUCCUCCCGCCCCCUUCUGAGGACCCUCCCCCCUCCCCCUCCUGGGUCGUAGUGUCCCUGCGCCCCACGGGCCGGAGCGGCAGCGAGAGCAGCUUCACCCGCUCCCUCCCCCACCUCCUCUCACCGCCUCACUCACCCCCCCCCUCCCGCCGGGCGAGGAGGAGCCGGAGGAGAGGAAGAUGGCGGCGGCCGCCAGCACCAGCGGUACCGCGGGGCCGCUCCGAGGAGCCUGAGAGACCCACGGACGCUUCGCGGGGAGACGCGGCGGCGGAGGAUGAGCCUGCAGAGCGCGCAGUAUCUCCGGCAGAAGUCCUGAAGGCUGACAUGACAGAUUCCAAGCUGGGUCCAGCUGAGGUCUGGACAUCUAGGCAGGCUCUGCAGGACCUGUACCAGAAAAUGCUAGUUACUGAUCUGGAGUAUGCUUUAGACAAGAAAGUGGAGCAGGAUCUCUGGAAUCAUGCCUUUAAGAAUCAGAUCACAACACUACAGGGCCAGGCAAAGAAUCGAGCAAACCCUAAUCGGAGUGAAGUUCAAGCAAACCUUUCUCUGUUUUUAGAGGCAGCUAGUGGCUUCUAUACUCAGUUGUUACAGGAGCUGUGCACAGUGUUUAAUGUAGAUUUACCUUGCCGUGUAAAGUCUUCCCAGUUGGGAAUUAUCAGCAAUAAACAGACGCAUACCAGCGCCAUAGUGAAGCCACAGUCUAGCUCCUGUUCAUAUAUCUGCCAGCACUGCCUCGUCCACCUUGGAGACAUUGCUCGCUAUAGAAACCAGACCAGCCAGGCAGAAUCCUACUAUAGGCAUGCAGCUCAGCUUGUCCCCUCUAAUGGUCAGCCUUACAAUCAGUUGGCUAUUUUAGCUUCUUCCAAAGGAGAUCAUCUGACCACAAUUUUCUACUACUGCAGAAGCAUCGCUGUGAAGUUCCCUUUCCCAGCUGCCUCCACUAAUCUUCAAAAAGCACUUUCUAAAGCACUGGAAAGCCGGGAUGAGGUGAAAACUAGAUGGGGUGUUUCUGACUUCAUCAAAGCCUUUAUUAAAUUCCAUGGUCACGUGUACCUGAGCAAGAGUUUAGAAAAACUGAGCCCUCUUCGAGAAAAAUUGGAGGAACAGUUUAAGAGACUGCUAUUCCAGAAAGCAUUCAACUCUCAGCAGCUAGUUCACGUCACCGUCAUUAACCUAUUUCAACUUCAUCACCUUCGAGACUUUAGCAAUGAAACUGAACAACAUAGUUAUAGUCAGGAUGAACAACUGUGUUGGACACAGCUACUGGCCCUCUUUAUCUCUUUUCUUGGCAUCCUGUGUAAGUGCCCUCUUCAGAGUGAGUAUCAGGAAGAAUCAUGCAGUGCAUACCCCCUUCCUGCUGUCAAGGUCUCAAUGGACUGGCUGAAACUUAGACCCAGUGUCUUUCAGGAGGCUGUGGUUGAUGAAAGACAGUACAUUUGGCCCUGGCUGAUCUCUCUUCUCAACAGCUUCCAGCCCCAUGAAGAAGAUCUCUCCAGCACUAAUGCUACUCCACUUCCAGAAGAGUUUGAGUUACAGGGAUUCUUAGCAUUAAGACCUUCUUUCAGGAACUUAGAUUUCUCCAAAGGCCACCAAGGGAUUACAGGAGACAAAGAGGGACAACAGUGGCGAAUUCGCCAACAACGUUUGAUUUCCAUAGGCAAAUGGAUCGCUGAUAAUCAGCCAAGGCUGAUUCAGUGUGAAAAUGAGGUAGGGAAAUUGUUGUUUAUCACAGAGAUCCCAGAGUUAUUACUAGAAGACCCCAGUGAAGCCAAAGAGAACUUUGUCCUUCAAGAAGCAUCCCUCGUGGAGUCCCUACCAGCGGAAGGGAGCCCGGGGCUAAAAUCCGUGCUCUCUACAGGCAGAAAUGUGAGCACCAACUGCGACACCACGGAGAAACCCAUGGUCACCUUCAAGGAGAACAUUAAGCCUCGAGAGGUGAACAGAGAGCAAGGAAGAAGCUACCCACCCAAAGAGGUGAGAAGGGACUAUAGCAAAGGCAUAGCAGUUACUAAAAGUGAUGGAAAGAAGGACAACAACAAGAGGAAAAAUGAGACCAAGAAAUGCACCUUAGAGAAGUUGCAGGAAGCGGGAAAGCAGAGUGUGGCGGUGCAGGUAAAAUCUCAGACUGAAUUAAGGAAGACCCCAGUGUCUGAAGCUAGAAAAACACCUGUGACUCAGACCCCAAGUCAGGCAAGCAAUUCCCAGUUCAUCCCCAUACAUCACCCAGGAGCCUUCCCUCCCCUGCCCAGCCGACCAGGAUUCCCACCCCCAGCCUAUGUUAUCCCCCCUCCUGUGGCAUUCUCUAUGGGCUCAGGUUACACCUUCCCAGCUGGUGUUUCUGUCCCAGGAACCUAUCUUCAGCCUACAGCUCACUCUCCAGCAGGAAACCAGGUGCAAGCUGGGAAACAGUCCCACAUUCCUUACAGCCAGCAACGGCCCUCUGGACCAGGGCCAAUGAACCAGGGACCUCAGCAGUCACAGCCACCUUCUCAACAAUCCCUUUCAUCUUUACCAGCUCAGCCAACAGCACAGUCUACAAGCCAAUUGCAGGUCCAGGCACUGGCUCAGCAACAACAAUCUCCUACAAAGGCUGUGCAGGCUUUGGGGAAGAGCCCUCCUCAUCACUCUGGAUUCCAACAGUAUCAGGCAGAUGCUUCCAAACAGCUGUGGAAUCCACCUCAGGUCCAAGGCCCAUUAGGGAAGAUCAUGCCUGUGAAGCAGCCCUACUACCUUCAGACCCAGGAUUCCCUAAAACUGUUUGAGCCGUCCUUGCAACCUCCUGUAAUGCAACAGCAGCCUCUAGAGAAAAAAAUGAAGCCUUUUACCAUGGAGCCAUAUAACCAGAAUCCCUCAGAAGUCAAGGUCCCAGAAUUCUACUGGGAUCCAGCUUAUAACAUGGCUGAUAAUCGAACAGUGAUGACCCAGCAAGCGAGUGUGGACCGUCGGGGCAAAAGGCCGCCGGGUGUCUUCCCCUCUGAGCAGGAUCCUGUCCCAAGGAUGCCAUUUGAGGACCCCAAGAGCUCCCCUCUGCUUCCUCCGGACCUGUUAAAGAGUCUGGCUGCCUUGGAGGAAGAGGAAGAGCUGAUUUUUUCUAACCCUCCUGAUCUUUACCCAGCUCUGCUGGGGCCUCUCGCCUCUCUUCCUGGACGAAGCCUCUUUAAGUCCCUGUUGGAGAAACCCUCAGAACUCAUGUCUCAUUCUUCUUCUUUCCUAUCCCUCACUGGCUUCUCUCUCAAUCAGGAAAGAUACCCCAAUAACAGCAUGUUCAAUGAAGUAUAUGGCAAAAAUCUAAGUACCAGCGCAAAAGCAGAGAUGAAUCCCUCCAUGACCCACCAAGAAACAUCAUUAUACUCUCUCUUUGAAGGGACUCCAUGGUCUCCAUCCCUUCCUGCUAGUUCAGAUCAUUCAACACCAGCCAGCCAGUCUCCUCACUCUUCUAACCCAAGUAGUCUGCCAAGUUCUCCUCCAACACACAACCAUAAUUCUGUUCCAUUCUCCAAUUUUGGACCCAUUGGGACUCCAGAUAAUAGGGAUAGGAGGAUUGCAGAUCGUUGGAAAACAGAUAAACCAGCUAUGGGUGGAUUUGGAUUUGAUUAUCUCCCAGCAACAUCCUCGUCCUCUGAGACCAGCUGGCACCAGGCCAGUACUCCCAGUGGGCCCUGGACAGGUCAUGGCCCUUCCAUGGAGGAUUCCUCCGCCGUCCUUAUGGAAAGCCUAAAGUCCAUCUGGUCCAGUUCCAUGAUGCAUCCUGGACCUUCAGCCCUGGAGCAGCUGUUGAUGCAGCAGAAGCAAAAGCAGCAGCGUGGACAAGGCACCAUGAACCCACCGCACUGAGGCCGAGGUGGCAACCCUGGUGAACCAAGGCUCCAUGAACCAUGGCAUGUUGGGUUUGCAGGACUGGCCCACACAGGAACCUGCGGGUGGCAGCCCUCUGUUCUGUUUCUCGCUGUUGAGAGGGCGUAAGUGUUCCACCAGCCCGCUGAGUGUGCACGAAAUGUUCGCAGUGCAACAACAAAAAACAUCAGGAACUCUCCUGUCCCCCUGGGGCCCACCAGGAGGUAGAGAGGAACUGCUGUUUGUCUCACUCAGUUACCUGAUAUCACCGCCUCUCACCUUCUCCAUCGUGCAUGUCCCCAGCCACAUGGGAAGGGAAAGCUGAGAACGAAAGGCAGAUGGGAGAAGCCAAUGGGAACUUCUCGAUCCUUUUUUCCUCUUUGGGGAAUAAAAUAGGAAUCCAUUACUGAUUGCUUUGCUGACUGAGAAUGUAGUUGAAAUUAUUCCUAAACAUCUUUAUUAUUAUUACUCUCAGUAGUAAAAAGAUCACACUGAAUUCUUCCAUACACAGAUGUGCUCGUAGUCAGUGUGUAGCAAUGAAAGCCUCGUUCACUGCUCAUGUCCGAGGUAGGUGGUGACAGGAUGGAGGAACGUAUCUCCUCCGCCGGGGGAAGUGUUUCCACAAGGAGAGUACAUGACCUCACCUUUCACUCAGAAGGCUCUGGCCGGCCCUUUCCUGGCCUGGAGGAUCCAGCAGAAAAUGUCCUUCACUCUGUUGGUACUCUGAGCUACAGUCGGGGACACAGUGUGUGUGCUGGGGCUGUGCUGGACAAGCAGGUGACUGCUCUAGGGUUUUAAAUUAACGUUUUUGAUUCCUGUACAUUUUACAGUAGCAUAGCAAGCAAUCUCACAGAAGCCAGGCUAGUCUGUCCAUUCAUGGCCUGACCCAUUUUAAUAGGUAGUAGAAGCUUUCAGUGUGGUUUUUUUUUUUUCCCGUUUUGUUUUUUGUUCCCCCAUCCUAUUCAUCUACCCUUCCUCCCAUCCCCAAAAUUUCUCCCUCUACCCUAUGCUGGAUGCUCCUAAUAUACGACAUCUCACCAAGAAGCAGCAUGGGGUCCAGCAGUUAGGGGCCCAGCCCAGAAGAUGGUCCAGAUAGGCAGGAAGCAGCAGCAGGAGCAGAUGUACAGCCUACCAAGGGGCACAGGUCCAGCUGCCCAGGCCCCUGCACAGCGCCAGUCCCUAACCCUCCAGCUCCAGAGUGAAAUUCAAGGCUCUUGUGGACGUGUGCAUCCCAUGUGCACAGAAGAAAACGCAGUCCACUUCGGAAAAGGCGCAAAGAAAGGGAAAUAAACUUUUUAUUUGAUAAUUUAUUAGGGGGAAAGAAGACUGGAAAUUUUCUUGUGUAGAAAAAAAAGGACAACAUUUCUGUUAGUCGUUUCCUGGGAAAGUAAUAUGGGAAAAUUAUGGAAACAAUCUAAAUGUCCACUUGCUGUGCUGGUGAUAAAUUUGUUUGUUUUUUUUUCUGGGUUUUGUUUUUUUCCUUUUUCAGUGUGUGAGGGUGUAUGUGUGCUUACACACUCACACUCAUUUAGGUAUGAGGUAGUUCAGGACCUCAGAGCUGGGACAUAGCUGCAGAGCACAGCCAGAAGCCCAGGCGUCUCUGGAGUCUGGGCAGAGGGGCCAGGUGCACAUCGCUCAUCCCUGGGAAUGGUUGGAUUCCCCCCUGGCACUUGCAGCAUUAGCACUCUCUGAGUUUAACAUGGUGUUUUUAUUUUUGAAAGGUCUCCAAAAAGGGUAAAGCACCUACCCCAGUGGCAGUAUGAAACCCUCUGUGCUUCUCUCCAGCCCUUCCCUCUCUCUGCCUUUUCCCUCCACCUUGCCAACCUUACCCCAGUUUGUGUGUUUGAGCUGUGCAUCCAGGCAGCUGCAACAUUCCAGUGUUUGAAAUGUCACUGAUUCUUGCACCCUAGACAAGCUAACCAGGUUCACCAUCUCACUCCCAGCAGUGCCCCAAGUCCUAGCCACAGUCCCAUUUCUGCAUGAGAAUCUGGUGUUUGGAAUGUUUUCUGGUUCUUGGGGUGGGGCUCUUUACCCUACCAUACUCAUUGUGGAGUAAUGAGGAGGGGAGGGGGGAUCCCCAGCAGAAACUGGUUUGUGUAGUAAGCAUUCUUUUGUGUUUUUGUCUGUCUGUGCAAGACAUGCAGCUGCUGAAAUCAGCUUUGCCUUUAAUUAAACCAUGUUCUCUCCAACCAGA